GCCCAACUAAUUUGUAAUUUUCCUUAUUUCUUUCUCAUUUUCCCUCUUCUCACCUCAUCUCCCCUUCCCUCCCCUCCUACAUAGUUUCUUCAUUAAAUAAAAAAGUUCUCAUUCCAAGAACCCAAUUCCCUUUUCCCUUUCUCUCUCUCACUUUCAAGAUUUUCCCACUUGUUUCUUCACAUUCCACCCAAAAAACCCAUCUCAUUCUCAUCCUUUUUAAUUUAGCUGAAGAACAUGGGGUACCCAGAGAAGCCUCAAAUGGAGGAAUCAGAAGGCAAGAAAUGGGUCAUUGCCGGAAUUCCGCUACGGAGUCCAUUGAAGCCGAUAUUCACAAAUCCAGUGCAGGAAAAGGAUGAUGAUGAAGACAAAGAGUGUUCGACGACGCCAACGGCCGAAGAAGCGAGAAUUCCCAGCAGACUUUCGUGUCCGCCGCCUCCAAGGAAGCAAAAACCGGCUUCGAGGUGUCACUACAGUGGUGGUGCUGUUAGAGAGUUCUUUAAUCCACCAGACUUGGAAACUGUUUUCAUACGCCGUGUUGAGAGGGCUUAAACUGACUUUUAGGGAGGUUUCUUUUUCCACCUAUGUUGUUCUAGUCCAUUUCUGAUUUUUUAGGGUUUUUAUUUUAUUUUUCUUGGUUAUGUCUCUUUUAGCUCUUAGAGGCCUGGACUUGGAGAGUUCAUGUACAUGGCUUUUAAAUAAAUAACAUGGUAAUUUAACUUCAGUUCA